AUGGAAACUAAAACUAAAGUAUUUGUGGUGGUGCCACAGGAGGAUUUGGAGGAGCAAGAGGAUUUGGAGGAGCAGGAGGAUUUGGUGGAACAGGUGCAAUCGGAGGCACAGGUGGAUUUGGUGGACCAGGAGGAUUUGGAGGAACAGGUGCAGUCGGAGGCACAGGUGGAUUUGGUGGACCAGGAGGAUUUGGAGGAACAGGUGCACUCGGAGGCACAGGUGGAUUUGGUGGACCAGGAGGAUUUGGAGGAACAGGUGCAGUCGGAGGCACAGGUGGAUUUGGUGGACCAGGAGGAUUUGGAGGAACAGGUGGAUACUCAGCUGCUGCCAAAGCUGCUAAAUAUGCCACAGGAGGACUAGGAGGCACAGGGGGUCUAGGAGGAACAGGAGGACUACGAGG